AUGUGGGGACCCGGGGUCACGGCCGAGGGCCUGUCGGUGGCGCCGGCGCCGCCACCGCUGCUGCCGCUGCUGCUACUGCUGGCGCUGGCGCUGGUGGCGCCCUCGCGGGGCGGCGGGGGCUGCGCGGAGCUGGCGUGCGGCGAGCGGGAGCGCUGCUGCGACGCGGCCAACGCCACCGCGGUGCGCUGCUGCAAGCUGCCGCUGCACGCCUUCCUCGACAACGUGGGCUGGUUCGUCCGCAAGCUCUCCGGGCUGCUCAUCCUGCUGGUGCUCUUCGCCAUCGGCUACUUCUUGCAGCGCAUCAUCUGCCCUAGCCCACGCAGGUACCCGCGCGGGCAGGCGCGGCCGGGGCCACCGGGGGGCGCCGGGCAGCCGGGGGCCGCGAGGCCGCCCGACGACGACGACGACGACUCGCCCGCGCUGCUGCGGGACGAGGCGGCCGCUGGCUCUCAAGACUCGCUGCUGGACAGUGGAGGCGGUGGCCGGGGCCGGGCAGGCGGCGGGCGCUCGGCCCCUUCCUGCGCCUCGGAGCACGAGCUGCGCGUAGUCUCGCCGGUCUUCCUGCAGCUGCCCAGCUACGAGGAGGUCAAGUACCUGCCAACCUACGAGGAGUCCAUGCGGCUGCAGCAGUUCAGUCCCGGGGAGGUCGUGUUGCCCGUGUCGGUGCUCGGCCGCCCGCGAGGUGGAGGCGCCGGGGAGUCCGACGGCGGCGGCGAGGGCCGCUUCCCGCUCAUCUGA